AUUUCAUUUCCGCUCCUUGUUCAGUUUACAGAGUAGUAUUCACUGUUCACUCAGUGUUUUUGUAACACAGUGAACAUUAUUUUGUUCGAUAGGAAAGUAAAUCAGUUCCGCAAUAAAAUAACUGUAUUGAUUAAAUAAUAUUGCUCAAUUAAUUAUAUCACCGAGAAAAUGAAUAUCCUAAAGAUUUUUACGAAUAAAUGCAAACUGGAGAUCAAAUAAACUUCUGCAUAUUUACACCGAAUCACACUUGUGGUGAAAAUCAAGAAUAACUUGCACAUAUUAGAUGUCGUUGUUUACAAUGAGAUCAAUUGCUGUAUUCAAAAAAAUAUUUGCAAUGGCUCUUUUACUAAGCAUUUUUCUAUCUUUGCUUUUUUGGUCUGAUUUGAGAAUCUUCAGUCUCAAUACUGUAUCUAUAAAGACAGUUCCUGUUAAAAGCAAAUUGUGUUAUGUUACUACUAAUGAUGAGAGAGUUCAUCUGUAUAAUAAGACAGAUUUAAAGAUGAUCUACUAUGUCACACCAACAUAUCCAAGGCCUGAGCAAAUACCUGAACUAACAAGACUCUCUCACACUUUAAUGCAUGUGCCUCGUAUACAUUGGGUUAUAGCUGAUGAUCAACCAAUAUGCUCUGAAACGGUGAAAACUGUUGUAAGGAGAUCUGGUAUUCCAUUCACUCACAUCUCUAGUCCCAAGCCAUUCCAGUACAAAAGUAAUAAUUUUCCUCGUGGUGUAGCGAACCGUCGUGCUGCAAUAGAUUGGAUACGCCAAAACAUCCAUGAAGGAAUACUGUACUUUGGUGAUGAUGAUAAUACUAUCGACUUACAGUUAUUUGAAGAAAUGAGAAUGACUAAGAGAGUGUCUAUGUUUCCUGUUGGCCUUAUUGGUGGCUAUGGAGUAUCAUCACCCAUAGUUAAAGAUGGAAAGGUCGCUGGAUUCUUUGACUCUUGGCCGGGUUCAAGAACAUUCCCUGUAGAUAUGGCAGGGUUUGCUGUCAACAUUGAGUUCCUAACUUCAUCAGCAAGCAUGCCGUACAUAGCAGGCCAUGAAGAAGACAAAUUUCUAGUCAGUUUAGGAUUGAAAAUUGAAGACAUAGAACCUCUAGCAGAUAAUUGUACGAAAGUAAUGGUAGUUCUACGUCGUCCCAAUGAAGUGUGACUUUAUCGAAAAAUCUGAAAGGACAAAGUUACGUUUUAUUUGAUGUAUGAAGUAUUUAUUUCAACGAUAUAGGUACCUGGCAGGUAUUUUUUUAUAGCAAACAGUUUUUUUAUGACAAAAAAGGCGAUACUUAAAUGACAAAAGUGUUUUACUACGGUCAGAAAAUAGAUUGAUACUUGUUUAUGUUUAUUAGUUCCAAUUGACCACAGUAAAGAAAAGAAUUGGCUGCACAUUUAUUAAAUUUAAUAAUGUAGAAUAUAAUUUACUGCAUAACAUUCACAAUUAAAUAUCGAUGAAAAUAAUAAUUUUGAUUGUACAUACUUAUAUUCUUCCUGAGAUAAAAAGAAGACGCGGGAGUUGGCGACCAUCGCUGAAUAUCAGCGAUAUUAGACCGCGUCUGCCCGUCGAUGUCUGCGGCUGCCCGCGCCGCGUACACAAAGCACUCGACGGGCAGAGGCGGUCAGUUCAGGACGUUCGUUCUACUGAAUAGUCCAUCACUAAAAAGCGCGUGGCGCGGACUGAGCUGACCGCCCCGCGCCGCCGUCUGCGUUACUGCCCGCCGGGCACCUGCGGCGGUGUCCGUGAUGCUAGCGUACCCACGAUCAAUAUACGGUUUUUCGUUAUGCCAUUAAAUACUGCGUAAAUAGUGCCAAAUUAGUGUAAAAAUAAAAAAAAUAGUGCCUCUUUAAUUUAAGAAAUAAAGACCAUUUUUACUGUGUACGCUACCAUGACGUCAAGCUAGCGUACCCAUGGCCGACCCCAAGAACGGCAUAUAUUUAAGCAACGAAAUUGACACACAAAAAUAGUUCGCAAAUAGUGCCCUGGCUUUACAAAAUUUCAUAAUCAAUACUCUUAAAGUACCAAAGAUAUUGAACUAAACAUUCUUAGCUGGCGUCAACCUGGCGUACCCAUAAUAGUUCUCAUAGAAAAUGAACUUUUAUCGUUAUCAAUUCUAUAUGUAUAAAUAGUGUGUCAAAUAGUGGCUCUAACAGUAAAAGUAUUUUAUGUGAAUCCGCAUCACAACAAUACAUAAAAAGAAUCUUAAAUUCUAGGAACAAAUGUAUUGUAGUACAGUUGCACACAAAAUUAAUUUAUGCACUAAGAAAUUAUCUAUAUAUGUAUUUUUACUAAAAUAAAUAGGUACUUUUUAUAAAAAGAUAUUUUAUUUCAAUUCGAAUUCACCAAUCAUAAAUUGAUAUAAGAAUUUCAACCUACCUACUAAGUACCUUACUUACCUACUAUACUACGAAAAUAUUAUCACUUCUGUACAUGACUGUACUUUAUAUAUAAAAAUAAUUUAAUUGCUUUUUUUAUAUUGUUUUACUGUGAAUUCACAUAAAAUACUUUUACUGUUAGAGGCACUAUUUGACACACUAUUUAUACAUAUAGAAUUGAUAACGAUAAAAGUUCAUUUUCUAUGAGAACUAUUAUGGGUACGCCAGGUUGACGCCAGCUAAGAAUGUUUAGUUCAAUAUCUUUGGUACUUUAAGAGUAUUGAUUAUGAAAUUUUGUAAAGCCAGGGCACUAUUUGCGAACUAUUUUUGUGUGUCAAUUUCGUUGCUUAAAUAUAUGCCGUUCUUGGGGUCGGCCAUGGGUACGCUAGCUUGACGUCAUGGUAGCGUACACAGUAAAAAUGGUCUUUAUUUCUUAAAUUAAAGAGGCACUUUUUUUUUUAUUUUUACACUAAUUUGGCACUAUUUACGCAGUAUUUAAUGGCAUAACGAAAAACCGUAUAUUGAUCGUGGGUACGCUAGCAUCACGGACACCGCCGCAGGUGCCCGGCGGGCAGUAACGCAGACGGCGGCGCGGGGCGGUCAGCUCAGUCCGCGCCACGCGCUUUUUAGUGAUGGACUAUUCAGUAGAACGAACGUCCUGAACUGACCGCCUCUGCCCGUCGAGUGCUUUGUGUACGCGGCGCGGGCAGCCGCAGACAUCGACGGGCAGACGCGGUCUAAUAUCGCUGAUAUUCAGCGAUGGUCGCCAACUCCCGCGUCUUCUUUUUAUCUCAGGAAGAAUAUAAGUACAGUAGAACGCCGAUUAUCCGAAUUAAUUGGGACCGGGGUCGAUUCGGCUAAUCGGACAUAGACUGGUAAUUAAGAAAAACGAACUGUCACACAUAGAAUAAACCUUAUAAGUUUAACAAACACAGUUCUACAAUACUACAUACAAUAAUAGAGGUAGGUUCGUAGUAGCAAAAAAAAACCGCUCCUCCACCCAAAACAUGUAGUGUCUUGCCUCUAGCUUUCAACCAUAACAGAAGAAAUAUAUCUGGACUCCAGCGAGUUCCAACUUGUAACAACAAAACAAAAAUAUAUGCCAUUCUUGGGGUCGGCCAUGGGUACGCUAGCUUGACGUCAUGGUAGCGUAUACAGUAAAAAUGGUCUUUAUUUCUUAAAUUAAAGGGGCACUAUUUUUUUUAUUUUUACACUAAUUUGGCACUAUUUACGCAGUAUUUAAUGGCAUAACGAAAAACCGUAUAUUGAUCGUGGGUACGCUAGCAUCACGGACACCCUGCGGCGCGGUUUUUUUGCCCUCUGUGUGCGUUUGUAGUAUAGGAUUCACUUUGUGCUAUUAUUCGCGGCGAAAUUGACCGGCCCGCCCCGCCCCGUCGUCUGCAAAGCGCCUGACAGUUGAAAAAUAUCUGAACUCCAACGAGUUCCAACUUGUUAGAAUAAAACAAAACAAAAAAAAACUUGGUUUUCUUUUUUUAUACACAGUCAGGUCAUAAGUAUUGUCACACAGUAAAAACUUUUCUUUUAGAAUCAUCAUCAUCAUCAUCAUCAGCCUAUUAAUGUCCCCACUGCUGGGGCACAGGCCUUCCCUAUGGAUGGAAUAGGGAGAUUGGGCCAUGACCCACCACGCGGGCCCAGUGCGGAUUGGUGGGUGCUAACGACUGCAAAUGCAGCCGGGACCAACGGCUUAACGUGCCUUCCGAAGCACGGAGGAGCUCGAGAUAGUAAAUUUUUGGUCACCCAUCCAAUGACCGACCACUGCGAAAGUUGCUUAACUUCAACGAUCGCAGCCGAACGCGCUAGCCACCUGCGCCAUCGAGCUCCUCAUCUCUCUUUUAGAAUGCUGGCCACAAAAAAGUUUAUUGAAUUCGAAUUUCGAAUUGUUCAUGAAAAAUAAAAAUGUAUACUUUUUAGAAGUUUACUCAUUUUUAAAUAUGGACUGGACGCUUAAAGAAGACCGUGUUGCAGUUAUUGCAUUGCAUCGUUGCGGUUACGCGCCAAUUCAAAUAUUUGACAUACUGAAAAUUUUGAAUAUAACCAAAAGAUUCGUUUAUCGUACCAUCAAACGAUACAAUGAAGACUCAAGACAGGUCAAGAAGUGGUCGCCCUCGGUCUGUUAGGACUCUAGCAGUGAUAAAAGCUGUGAAGGCGCGAAUUCAAAGAAAUCCCAAACGUAAGCAGAAACUGUUGGCCCUUCAGAUAGGGUUAAGCAGAAUCACGGUGAAAAGGGUGUUAAAUGAAGACUUAGGGCUUCGGGCAUAUCGAAGAAAAACAGGACAUCGUUUGAAUGCUCGUCUAAUGGACCUGAGACUGAAGAGAUGCCGCGCUUUGUUGAAGCGGUACGCGGGAAAAAAUAUCGGGAAAUUAUUUUUUCGGAUGAAAAAAUAUUUACCGUAGAAGAGAGCUACAACAAACAAAACGAUAAGGUGUACGCACACAGUAGUGAAGAAGCGAGCAACCGUAUUCCGCGUGUCCAACGAGGUCAUUUUCCAUCCUCGCUCAUGGUAUGGUUGGGAGUUUCUUAUUGGGACUUAACAGAGGAACAUAUUUGUGAGAAAGGUGUAAAAACGAAUGCAGUUGUGUAUCAAAAUACAGUCCUGACGAACCUUGUGGAACCUGUUUCUCAUACCAUGUUCAAUAACAGGCAUUGGGUAUUCCAAUAAGAUUCGGCGCCAGCUCAUAGAGCGAAGGGCACACAAGACUGGCUGGCGGCGCGUGAAAUCGACUUCAUCUGGCACGAAGACUGGCCCUCCUCCAGUACAGAUUUAAGUCUGUUAGAUUACAAGAUAUGGCAACACUUGGAGGAAAAGGCGUGCACAAAGUCUCAUCCCAAUUUGGAGUCACUCCAGACAUCCUUGAUUAAGGCAGCCGUCGAUAUUCACAUGGACCUCGUUCGUGCUGCGAUAGACGACUGGCCGCGCAGAUUGAAGGCCUGUAUUCAAAAUCACGGAGGUCAUUUUGAAUAAACUUUAUGGUCAUAAAAAUCUGUUUUGUUAGGGUAAUUUUGGUAUAUAAAUGGUUACAUAAUGAAUAAACUUGUUUCAAUUAUUUUAUAUUAAACAUGUGACAGAAUUUAUGACCAGGACUAGGUUUACGCUUUGGACCGAUUCGGUUAAUUGGCGUUCUACUGUACUACGUUUCGGAGAUAAGGGUGAAUUUGCUUUGUUAUGUUUUUGAUUGACUCUUCGAUGCGCUUAAACUCUGCGAUAGUACGAAUUGACCAUUAGUGAAUUAAUACAAACCUAUUUUAUAGAUGAUAAUUAUAAAUAAAUAUUGUUUAUUUUUUACGUAUCUUAUUUAACCAAUUUUCGAUAAUUGGUACUUAUAAUGGCGGAGGGUUUAUCACCCAAAAAGUGAUAGACCGGCUACUCGGACUGUAAGUUUAGACUGUGAGGUUAGUUACCGUGGUCUAUGAUGCCUGUAACUAGUGUUGUCAGGUCCGAUUUGUUUUAAAUCGGUACAUGAGGUCAAAACAAUCGGGAUUUAGGGUUGCAGAUCGGGACAGUAAACAAAAAACACGAGGGGUUUUUAUGUCUGGCUUUAAUUUAUUGCGUUUUAAACUACUAGUGCAAGUAUAUUAUUAUAUCAAUUACCUAAAUUUUUUUUUUAAUAAUCGGUACAUUUAGCGUCCCGAUCGGGUACAAAUCGGGACGCGUCCCCAGACCCCUGAAAAUCGGGACGUACCGCGCAAAUCAGGACAUCGGGAAACACUACCUAUAACGCUAAGAGUAUCAUUCGCAAGAUAAGGUCCGUUUGUUAAAGAGUUAUAGCUGAUUUUCCGCUCUCAUUAGAGCGCCCAGGGAAGUAACCUCCACCUUACAGAAUACCACAGUUAAAUAACACUCAUCAUCAUCAGCCUAUUAAUGACCUCACUGCUGGGGCACAGGCCUGCCUUAUGGACGGAGUAGAAUAGGAUAGAUUGGGACAUGAUACACCACGCGGUCCUAGUGCCGAUUGGUGGGUGCUAAUGACCGCAGAUGCAGCCGGGACCAACUGCUUGAAGUACCUUCCGAAGCACGGAGCAGCUCAGAUAGUUAAUUUGUGGUCACCAAUCCAAUGAACGACCGCGGAAGUUGCUUAGCUGCAACGAUCGCAGCCGGACGCGCUAGCAUUUUGCGCCAUAGAGCUCCUCCAAAAACUAAUGCUAAUGUUGUUUUCUGUCGGUUAGUAAGGGUCCAGGGCUACUGUAGGAGAUUGGGUCAUGAGGACGUUGCGAUUGAUAGCUUUGGUAUUACAAGGGUCUAUAUAUCUAUAGGCUAUAGAAAGAUGUUAGAAGUGUGAUUAUAGACCGUUUGUAAGAGGAACCGAUGUCGCUGGAUGGCCCCCACUAAAAUUCCACCUAAUAGAUAAUAGCCAAUCAAACGACACGACUUCAAACAAUCGAAUCAAUCAGCGCUCAUAUCCGAGAGCAACGACGCAAUCAGAGCCAAGUUUUCGUCAAGUUAUGAGCAUUUGCUCAUACAAGACUGUGGCGCGCCUGCUUCGCCCACAAGGCCCUAAUUACCACAUUCUGUGUUGUGUGAAUUGAAAAAAAUAUUAAAUAAAAUUUUACCUCAUUUGCAAUUCCGCGAGCACUUGCUUUUCAUUUUCGCUCAAUCCUUGCUCCAUUACAUCGAUGGUGUCGAUUAAUUGCUCCACGUUGUAGAAACCACAGACAUUCGUAUCUAUAUCCGGUUGAUUUAGGGUAUACCAGGUGGCUAUCCUAGCGAGUUCCACAUUUCGCUCCUGCAGAACAUAUUAUAGAAAACAUGUAUUUACUAUAAAUACUAAUAUUAUAAAUGCGGGAGUGUGUGUCUGUUUGUUACCUAGUCACGCUUAGACAGCUGAACCAUUUGAGAUGAAAUUAGCUAUAGAUUUGGUUUGAGUUGCGGGAUAGGACAUAAGAUAGUUUUUGUACUAGGAAUCACCCUUUAAGGGGUGGAAGUUUGUAUGAGAAUAUCCAAUUUUUCCACACAGACGAUGUUUCCUAAGGGACUUAAAUUUUUGGUACUAGGCUUUGUGGAUAAACCUAAUAUUAGAAGAGGUUAUAAGUAGGACUAUCUAAUGAUCACGAAAAUCCGUCGUUUACUAAGAUAGGUUUACCCAAAUCUACCUGCGAUUCACUAAUAAAAGAUAAUAUAAAAUGACAAGGUUUGUUUAAUUGUUUAUAGAAAGCUAAACAAACAUAUUGUACCGACCGACGUGUGCGCAUUAAGCUAGGGACAAACUGAGCCCACGUAUGCAACGUAUGCUACGCAUUAUGACAUCUAAACUACGAAAUUUGUAUGAAAACAUAGGACUUGGAAACACACUUGUCAUGUGCAUGCGCGUCCUAUGCAACGUUCGAUCUGUCGCGCCAGAUCGGCGUGGGAGCGUGGAGGGGUUAACGAGUUGUCAGCCGCUCGGACCUUAGGCUUCUUUAACGAGUAGUCAGCCGCUCGGAGAGAAGUACCAGUUAGUACUUAAGAAUGUAGGGUUAAGGUAGAGAAGACCAUUAGGGUAGUCUUAGGUAAAGGUUAAAGUAAAGGCUUUAGUUGCCUUUAAAGAGGUUAAGUAAGGUAGAGCACUGGAGAAAAGUACUCUAUAGAAAGAUAGAGGUAAAUGUUAAAGGUUAACGUCUUUUAUAGAUGUUGAGAAAGCUUAAGAGCUUUAGGGUAAACAAUAAAAUAUUAAAUUUAGAGAUGCUGAUUUGAGUGAUAAAUGAAUGAAUGGUUAUGAAUGAAUUAAUGCGGUGAACGAGGUAUGAGUUUUAGAUUUUAAUAUCUUUGAUAUGCCAUUUACGAGUAGCUUUAGAGCCAUUGGUAUCUUCUAAUAAAUAUGUUAUGGGCCUAGUGAUUAAUGCGGGCAUUAUUCAUAAUGCCCGGGCGGUAUGAAUAAACCCAGCCAUAUCGGGCCAAGUGAUUUAUUACAAUCUAAACUCACCUAUUUAUCUCCAUUGCCCGGUCAUUAUUAAUAAUGCCGGACGGCUCGUGGUCCAUGUAAUAAGUCAGUCUUUGAGAUAACUUGAAUUUAUCGCUUGGACCGGGCAGUAUGAAUAAAUUCAAAUAGUUGGUACUAUUGUCAACAUGACAGAUGUCUCGCCAUUUUGUGUUUGUUUUGAGAUCUUGGCAAAUAAAAAAUAGAAUGGGCUCAACACUUAGAAAAAAUUCUGAACAUGUAACAGAUUUAAUGAAUUUUUCAAACAAACUGCAUUGAAACUACUAUAAAGUAUAGUUUCUAAAUGUAGCCCUUCGUAAAUUGAUCGAAGUAAAACGGAAGUCUGAUUAUUUAAAUUUUAAAAAUAGAUACUAAACUACAAAACAUGUUUUUAUUAUUACUCUACCCGAUAAUUGAUUUCAUUACUUGUAAUGCUCGGUCUAUCUAACUAAGUAUUCAUUUGAAAGUAUUAAACAUGCUUUAUAUCACUCUGCCCAAUAGGUACUUGGCAUUAUUCAUAAUGCCCGGGAAAUUUAAUAAAUUGAUUGGUUAUAAUCAUAUUGCCCGCUCUUAUUGAGCAUAAUCAUAUUGCCCGGACAUUAUGAAUAAUGCCCGAUUAAUCACUUAGCCCAUAACAUAUACACCACAGAGAUGUUAAAGUACUAAAGCUUUUGUUUCUGAUAUCUAUGAUAUACACUAAAAGCGAGAUUUACUUAACAACUUUACAUUUUAGAAAUUUAGGCGCGAGUUUAGCGCUUAAUAAGAAUCUGCAUUACUUUGUACAAACUUCUUUCGCCAAACCAUAUCGUCGACAUUAAAUUCUUUGAAUGAGCGACGUAGGUUAUAGCGUGCACUGUUUUUAGCGUGAGCAAGUUCAAAGUACCUCAUACCUUAUGAGGUACUUUGAACUUUGUCGAAAAUAGAUGAGAGGAAUCCAGCAUUUUCAGAGUAAAUAUCGCGAGGUAGAAAGGUAACUUCUUCGAUACUUCGAGCUGAGGUAUAAAAAGAGCCGCAGGGAGUUGUUUCACGACCAAAUGCCAAAAAGUUAGGCGUAUAACCAAUUAUGGAGUUCACACAACUGUUCAUCGCCUGUUGGAUUUUAGGGAGGUGCCUAUCCCACUUCCUAUGGUCGUUACCUACGAGGACAGCGAAAGCAGUAAUAAUUGUUCUAUUGUACCUUUCAGUAGGGUUUACUUGAGGACAGUAGAAUGAAGAACGAAAUAUAAAAGGAAUUUUAUAUUUCUUUAAGAAGGAAAUGAAUUCACGAGACUGGAAUUGGGGUCCGUUGUCCAUAAUAAUGGUCUGAGAGACUCCAUGUGUUAGAAAAACCGAGUUCUCGAGAGAAGAUAUUAUAUUAGGCGUGGUAGCACGCUUAAGGGGAAAGAUUAAAGUAUAUUUAGUAAAACAGCAGUUAAUAACUAAGAUGUAUUGAUUACGAUUUCUAGUCAUGGGUAGUGGACCAAUAAGAUCAAGUGAUAUAGUCUGGAAGGGCCUAGAGCAUAUUUUUCGUUUGCCCAUUGGUCCGUAGGGUGAAUGGUUUGUAUGUUUAUACGCCAGGCAUGUGUCGCAGUUAGAGAUAAAUCUGGCAAUGUCCUUAAACAUACCAGACCAGUAAUAUCGUAAUGAUUUUUUUUUGUAAGUUUUAAAGAUACCUAGAUGAGGUUUAAGUUCAGAGUCAUGGUUAGUUUCGAUGACCCUACAUCUUUCAUGAGGUAAAGGAACUUCUUUCCAAAUGAAGUCAUCAUUGAGGCUAUUUGGAGAAUGAAUACAACGAUAAAGUUUGUUGUCUUUAAUAGAAUAGGUGGUCUUGGCGCGGCUUGGCCGGCGCAUGCCCUUGGUGCCAUUCGGCAUAGGCCACCCUGUCUGGGGAUUGCCUAGUACCCUAGCGCAAUUCCCCAGAGGCGUGUGGGCCGCUCCACUCGUUGGGCCGGGCCGGCGCAGCCGGGGGCGUCCCGGUGAAAUGGCGCACACAGGCGCCGGGAUCGGCCCCCUCAAGGGCGUAGGAGGGUACCGGUAGUUUUUAGUGGGUAGGACCGGUGCUGUUCCGCGCCGGGGAGUCCCACUCACGUCGCGCGUCUAGCCAGCGCGCGGUAUGGUCCGAAAAUGGAUUUUCCACCGUAAACAAAAAAAAACUGGGGUACGUAGGCAUAAUAAGUAAGUCAUCUUCGAUGUGGUCACAGUACUAAUUUUCAACACACGUCAUCAUCAUCAGCCUAUUAAUGUCCCCACUGCUGGGGCACAGGCCUUCCCUGUGGAUGGAAUAGGGAGAUUGGGCCAUGACCCACCACGCGGGCCCAGCGCGGAUUGGCGGGUGCUAACAACUGCAGAUGCAGCCGGGACCAACGGCUCAACGUGCCUUCCGCACGCAGGAACUCGAAAUAGAAGAUUUUUGGUCACCCAUCCAAUGACCGACAACUGCGAAAGUUUGUUAACUUCAAUUAUCGCAGCCGAACGCGCUAACCAACUGCGCCAUUGAGCUCCUCAAUUUCAUACAUACUUCUACAUUAAUACAAGUAUGUAUACCAAACAACAUUAUGAUUACACACUAUAUGGGUAUGAGAACGUGCAAAACCACGUGAUUAAAAAUGAUGCAUCACGUAAUGACCUAACAUUACUCAGCUGGCAUUGGGUAAAUUAACUUAAGUGUAAGCGGUUAGCGUUAAAAACAGCAAAAGUAUAAAAUCAAGUAGCACAUUACGUAGGUAAACCUAAGAUUUACCAAUAAAAGGUUUUUUACAGUUAUAUAACAACAUACGAUACACAGGUAGGAAUGUGUAUAGUUUUCGAAACUGGUUUUUCGGCCGAAACCGAAACCGAAUAUUCGGCCGUGGCUUCAGUUUCAGCCGAAACCGAAACUCACGUGGUCAAGAUUAUAAUUCCUUAAAAUACUGAAAUUUGGUGCAUUUUACCCAUUAUUCAGCAUUAAUUAGGACAUGAAAUGGAAACACAGAAACUGCACUUCUCAAUAUAGGAUAUGGACUGCUGUGCAAGAAACGAAGUAAGGCGAGCGUGCACGACAACUUCCAAAAUCAGUUUCAGUUUCGGCCAAUUUUGGCCGAAACCGAAACCGAACUUUCCUGUCCUGCACAAUUAUAAUAAAUUAGCUUCCCGAGACCUUCACACGGUCCACCAUGUGGGAAGCCUACCCAAGUAGCGGCGUCUGCUGAAGUCAUUAUAAGGAAUUUAGUCCAUUGGAAUAUCGUUAUAACAACUUUAUGAGAGCACAGAACUGGGCAACAUUGUCAUGAAACAUUCUUUUCCUAUGUUUGCUAGAGUACCUACUAGCUGACUUGUAGCUAGCCCCGUGUCAUCGAGGCUUAAGGCACGUCAAUAAAAAAUGACGAUAUGAGUGAUUAGAAAAUUUUAGCUUUUUGGUUUAAUGACUUAUAGACAUGGUAUACCUUGCAAUAUUCCGAUGCCCUUCUGCAUAUGGCCUUAAUGUCGUCACUCGCGGGGUGCCACGGCUGCGGACCCUUAUUAGAUAAAAGCCCCAUACCAGUGGCAGCUGCAUUGAUCACGGACACGCCCUUGCUCUGUGUAAUAACCCUUGAACUUGUCAACAAACACAAUAAAAAAAUGUGUAGUUCUAGUUUGUGACACAACGAUAUUGAAUACCCUAGAUCGACCAAAAUUGUGGCCGAAACAUGUCCAAAAGGUACAUUGAACGAUCCACGGAGCGCGUAGUAGCACGUAGCUCAAUAGUAAGAAGAUCGCGUAGUCAAAAACAAUAUAAGCCAUUAUUUGAACAUUUAAAGUCACCAUUCAUGUAUAUUAAAUAAAUAAUAAAUAAAAAUAAGGUCUUUAAUUUAAACGCAGGCGGUAUGACAAUUCGAAAUGCAAGCUUGUAAAAUUUUACGACUUGUUGCUAUAGGCACAAGAACUACAGACAAGACUUUAUUUCUAUGACCCUAUAUCGUAAUUCUGUAUGCACUGUUAGCAAUAUAGCUGGUACGGAGCGAAAGGAAAAAACCGGCGAUACAACCGACUAUGCAUUUGAAUAUCACAAAUAUUUUCUAUUAAAUCAGUUUAUAGUAAGUAUUAGAACAAAAUUUGCUUCAAAUGCGUUAAAUUAACAAACAUUGAUUAGUCUGUCAUCUGUCAAAAAAACGACACUCCUUUUUACGGAGCUCUGCAGCAUGUUGGUUGACUUUACAACGGUCCGCGCGUCACUCAGAAGUGCUCGAGUCAUUGUCAAGCACUUCUUGAUUAAGACACAUUUUGAGCGCACGUGGUGUAUCUAGGGGUAUUAAAUAUCGUUCAUAUAACACCACGACACAAGUGAAACUUAAUAAAAAAUGCUUCCUGGGCUGGGGAUGGAACCCGGACUGCCCGCGUAGCAGGCGAGCUUCCUACCACUGAACCACCGCUUGUUGCGAAGUUCUGUAUUUUUCAAUAACAAUUAAUAAUUGAAUGCGAAAUCCUAAAAAUGAACGCAAAAAUUUGCGAUGAAAUAAAAGUUUCAUUUUAUUAACGAUGUAAAGCUCAACAAAUAACUAAGGAAUAUAGUUUUUAGGUGUUCUGUAGCUGCAGCAUUGUGCCCUUAAAGAUUGGAUGUAUACAUUGAUUUUAUAGAACUCGGCUUCGGCCUACGGCGAAGUGCAUGAAUGAUUAAAUACAUAAUGUACAUUUUCCAUGACCCGUUUGCUUUCUUAUUGACAUUCAUAGAUUAUAGCUAAACAGGAUUGUUGCUUAAGUGAUUGUUUAUUAUGAGUCUCCGAGGUACAAGGUACAUGGUAACAAUCCCGUUAAUAGCUAUAAUGUUAGUGACCAUGAAAGUUUAAAACAAAAUAUUCAUUGAUUGCUCCUCAUCAACUGCCGCAUACUGUAUUAUUUAUAAUAAUGCCACCAUUUCAAAAUUCGGCAAACUCGGUCAAUAUAACCUUAUAUCAUAGAAAUAUUUUUAAAUCUAAAUAAUAUCGGUAAAAACCCAAAGUAUCCAUUCUGCUAUCUGAUACCAUGUUUGACACUAGAAUAAAAACAAGACCACCUCUCAGACCUUGCAUUGGCAAUGGCCGUGAAUGACACUCUAGCUUGAUUACAGCAGACAUCCUGUGUAGGUUUACGUUACGUUUCAUCAACCCAUUAAUACAAUAUCUGCUGUCUAAGUCUCGAAUGCAAUCGUCUUUAUUUUGUACUAGAGGUUGCCCGCGACUUCGUCUGCGUAACUUAGUUUCUUUGUAAAUCCCUCUGAAAUCUAACAUUUUUCCGGGAUAAAAGUAGCCUAUGUGUUAAUCUAGGGUGUCAGCUAACUCCAUACCAAAUUUUAUUAAAAUCGCUCUAGCCGUUUAGACGUGAAGAAGUAAAAAACAUACACACUCACAUACUCACACACUCACAAACUUUCGCCUUUAUAAUAUUAGUGUGAUUAUUACGAAACAGUUUUUUCUACAGGUUUUUCAACACUUAUUUGCUUGGACCUAAUACGGUAAGUACCAAUCCUCUAGUGUUUUAUAAUAUAACUCUAGGAAAUACCCUGAAGAAUACGUUUAUGUGUGGGUAUGAAGUCGGAUAGGUCAGUAUAUAUCUGUCUGUCCGAACAAGGAAAAUUCACGAUACAAUUACAACUAAUUGAACUAAUAUAAAUUUACUUGAGCUUUGUUUAAUAAUAAAUAACAAUAAAGCAAUGUAUCAAACAGUCAAUAAACUAUCUGUUUUUAAUUAAUAUCCGGUUCCAUCUAAUAUAUAAAAUUCUCGUAUCGCGGUGUUUGUGGUUAAACUCCUCCGAAACGGCUUUCAAUGAUUUUCUCGAUUCUCAUGAAAUUUUGUGUGCAUAUUGGGUAGGUCUGAGAAUCGGACAACAUCUAUUUUUCAUCCCCCUAAAUGUUAAGGGUAAUCCACUCCUAAUUUUUUUUUUCAAUUUUAGAUAAUUUUUUUUAUUUUUUUUUAUGAUACAUUAAACAAAAAUACAUACAACCCUAAAUUUUCACCCUUCUACCACCAGCCCUUAUUUUUUUAUGGCGGUACGAAGUUCGCUGGGACAGCUAAUCUUAUAUAAAAAAAUCUCGUGUCACAAUGUUAGUUACUAUACUCCUCCGAAACGGCUUGAUCGAUUUUUAUGAAAUUUUAUAUGCAUAUUCCAUGGGUCUGAGAAUCGGCUACUAUCUAUUUUUCAUAUCCUUAAGUGAUAAGGGUUGUCCACCUGUAACUUAGUGUUCUGAAACCUAUAAUGCUCCUUCGCGCCAAAAUUCAAACUAUUGGGUAUUGUAUCAUAGUGUUCUCAUAUGGGUUAGGAGGAAUUUGAUGGAACACUACGUUACACACCCCUAAAAAACUUUUUUUGGACAAUGUUUAUUUUUUAUUAUGUGGUUUUAAAAAAUACAUAGAACCCUAAAUUUUCACUCUUCUACCACCUGCCCCAAUUUUUAUGGCGGUACGAAGUUCGCUGGGUCAGCUAUUUUUUUUAUAUAUUUGAAUUCAGAAACUUGCUCCUAUCUCCUUUUUUGCCUAACCAACAACGGCGCGGUACAUACAUACAUUUUGUGAUUCUUGGCAAAAUACUCAUAAAGGCAUAAAAAAGGCACUUAUCUUCUUAUUCGAUAUGCCUUUUAGAUAUCCAUUAAAUACUCCCAAUAAAUACUCAUUGAUAUAAUUACCUGUGCAUAUUAUCGACAACCGCUAAACAUCAUUAUUACAAGCCAAUAUACCUAAUACUAUCUUUUUAACUACCAUUCAAUACAGCUGCGUACCUAUGUAUUUAUCUAAUUCCACAACCUCCGGAUCUGGAUCUUUCGAUGAUUAAUCAAUACUAUCAAUAUUUUAUUGAUGUUUUCUAAUAUCUAUUUUGAUAUUCGCAAACUGUUUCUUCAACAUGCUCUUCGUCAGAACUCAACGUUCAAAUCCAAAUAGGUAUAAACAGUUCUUUUCAAACCAAAUUUUUAAGGAAUCGUGACACAAUCACGGCACCUACAGACUAGCUACUUUUUAGUAACGCGACUUCACAAGUGAUAGAUCAAAAUAAUUAAAAAAUACGCACCUUAAAAUAUUUGGUGUAGUUCUGCAAUCGGUUAUCGAAAAGUGUCGACUUUGCAUACGAGAGAACCGAAGAGAUUUUUACGUCUGAUUCCUCGAUGAUCUCUUUCAUGAGAUCAAUGUCGUAAUCCGCUAAGCCGAUGUACCGGGCUUUUCCAUCUCUCACUGCUUUUUCUAGAGCCGGCAAAGUUUCCUUUAAUACUAUUGACGUAUCUGAUGCAAAGGUAGCGUCAUGGACCUUUAAAACAGAAUUAUCUUUGGUAAGAAAUAGAGCAAAUGCAGUCUUGUUAUUCAUAUUAUAUCUUAACAUAGAAUAUUUAUGAUUUUUCAAAUUAAAAUCCUUCGUUCGUUGUCGUAAUAUGCCUUGUAUUGCACUUUUACGGUAACUUGGUAGAAAAAAGGACCGCAAAAUAAGGCUUAACUGAACGGUAAAGUAAAGUGGAUUCAAUUAGAUUCAAUUGGUUGAAUUUGACUUCCAGACCUGUAUCAAAUCAACAUAAUCCAAGUUGAGGAGACUUAGUGUAUUGUCUACUGCAGCUUCAGUCUUUUCCGCCGUGAAGUCGAACAUCUUUUCGGUCGCCAGUUCAUAUCGCCCGACCUUGCUGCCGAUGAAAAAUGACUCUCUUGGGACAUUUUGCAACGCCUUUAAUAAAAGUCAACAUUAAAAUUACAUAUUAUAUACUAAGCUACCACUACUUUGACAAAAACUUACAAAGUCGGAGUUGAAGAUCUUUUUAGAGGUUAGUUGCAUAGAUAUUUUUCUUUAUUAGUUUAAAACAACAACUAUUAAUAAGGAAGUAACCGGAAUAUUAUAGCUUCUGGAGAUUGGUUAAAUAUUAAAUCUGGUCAUUAAGGUUUACCUGAAGAAGGAGCUACGCUUAUUUUCGAUUUUACAAUGUCCUGACUCAUGUAUAAAUAAUGAAAUUAAUGCCAAGCAGAUAAAAACAACGCUUUAAUUACUUAAAUAAUAUGUUUAUUACGGCGAUGUUGACCAUGGUUUUCUCAAACGAAAAGCGGUGCUGAACGCAAAUAUCCGUUCUAUCUGUUGCAGCAUUCGUUGGAUUACCCGCACAGCAAAUUACUACGCGAGGGUGCUCUGCUCUCGAAGGGCGCUCUUCUAAAAUUCUUUCCACACAGACCGAUGAAGAUUAUAUGCUCAGUACCGAUCAGAGUCGAAAAAACUAUUGCACAUAGACCGGCAGGGAGAACACUUUCUUUUGUAGCCUUUUCGUUUCAUACGUAAACUUCGGAAAAGUUAAGUUGUAAAAGAGAUACAAAAGAGAAUACUGUGUGAAGUUAACUUUGACAUAUUAAAAUGUCUUUUCUUCUUAAAGUGCUUAUCUGUAUCUAAUCAACUAUUGUCAUCCUUUUAUCCAUGUUACUAUUAAAUGGACUUAAUCCAUCCAUUAUCCAUAUUAUGCGAAAACGUGUCUGUCUGUUAUCUAUUCACACUUAAACUACUGAUCCGAAUUAGAGGAAAUUUAGUAAAGUAAAAGUGAGUCCUAGGAAUGGGCAUAGGAUAGUUUUAUCUCAGAAAUCAUCCUUUAGAGGAGUGAAGUUAGAAUGGGAAACCAAUUUUCUCAUGCAUGUGAAGUUGUGGGCACCUGCUGAUUAGAAACAAAAACAUGUCCUCCUUUUGCCUACUCUUUUAUUUAAUGCUAUAACUUUGACUCACCUUUCCAAUUGUUUUUUCUGAACUCCCCUGACCAUACCAUGGACCAGUCUCCAAAUAAUUUACUCCAAGUUUUAAACUUUCAGAUAUUAAAUCCAAACUUCUUUUCUCAUCAAAUGUUCUGAAAUUUAGUUGAUUACUGAAGGUCAUUAGAUACAUUUUAUACCUUUAUAUAUUGAAGGUAAUUAGAUAGAUUUUCAUUUUAUACCUUUUUUAAAGAAUUAAUCAAAAAAUUAACUAAGUAUGUAAUAUAUCUUGUGCUUGAGCUAAUAUUACACACAUACAUACUUGGAGACAAAAUAAAGUCUCACCAGAUGUUUUCAUUGAAUAGGGUUUUAUAUCAUCAUUAACAAAUGGAAAAGUUAUGUAACAAUCUGAUACUGAUCCAGGUCACUAACAUUUCGACAGCAGAAGCAUAUUCAAAAUUAGAAGGUUCUAUAGUUGAAUACUUAACUGAAUAUAGUAUUGAAAAUGUAAUGUAACACAAUGUCUAAAGCACAAAGAUAUGCUUUAUAUAUCUUGAAAGCAACUAUUGACAACAAGGCAGAAUGAAAAUGUGAAAUACAAGGAUUCCCCAGGAGUGGCAUGUUUACACUAUGAAUUGUUAAAUUGGAGAAUCAAAAAUGUAUUAAUUGAUAUCGCAAAAUAAACAUUAUGUUGUUGUCCAUAUCGCAGAUCUCAUUCAAUAAUGUGAUUUUCUAUUAUUUUACAAUAGGGUAUUUGACAAGUUUUAGAAAACAAUCUCACGUUAUUUACUAAUGUUUAUGGAGUCCGUAUAAAGAUGGAUAUUCAUCAUUCUGUUGUUUAUUUCAGUAAAAAUAACCAAAUCAAAAACUCCAUUUACAAGUUGCCGCGAAAACGUUUCUCUGGACAAUAUGGUCUCACUGGCGUGUGACAUCACACGACUGUUAUUUAAACGUCAAAUGAUACAAUGUAAUGUCACUUUAACCGGAAGUUUACUUGCGUGUGACGGUAGGCUCUGCCAAUCCCAAGCGCUUUAGGUCACAAUAGAUAAGAAAACUAUCAUCUGUUUUGUGGGUUUUUAGUCAAAUUAUGAAUAUUUUUUCUGUAGAAAUAGUGAAAAUCCCUGCCAAUAUUCAUUCUAAAUGCAGAUGCUAACAAUAGGCUAGUUGACCCUUUUUGGAAAAAGGUUUUAAAUGGUUAAUAAAUGUUCUAUUAGACCGAAAAAAAAUGUAUUGUAUUUUUUUGAGACCUAGAAAGUUACAAAUCUUUAAUUUUAAAAUAGACUUUUCAUGGACAUACAAAAUCGCUGUCGGCCAUUUUAGUCUAUAGAUUAUCUAUGCUAUGACGUUGACGGUAGUAAACAAAAACUCGUAAGCACGUAGAAAAUAACCUAUCUGAGUUUAUAAUAAUAAAAUAAACAUGAUUUCUAAUAGAUACCACGCAAAAUAUAGUAAUUAUCAUUAUUGUAUUGUACGAGAAUGUAAAAACCUUGAAGACUCCAGGAAAGUUGUGCAUUAAAGUGCCGAAAAAAAUUAACCUACGCAAUACCUGGUUAGAACUUGCUAAAUGUGAUCCUGCAACUUUAUCGACUCAUAGUAAAAUUUAUUUUUGCGAAGAUCACUUUGAUUAGCUGUGAAAAUUGGAUCACAGCACCCUUCUGAAAUAGGUGUAUACAGCAACUACAACAAACAAGUGCAAUUCUCAUACAGCUAUUUGGGGUUAACAUUUUAAGUACAAAAGUCAAUAUAAUAAAAAAGGGAACCUACCCUAAAAUAUUAUUGUUUCAAAUAAAUCCUCACAAAGUAUUGAAUUACCUUUCUUUCAUCAUCAUCAUCAGCCUAUUAAUGUCCCCACUGCUGGGGCACAGGCCUUCCCUAUGGAUGGAAUAGGGAGAUCGGGCCAUGACCCACCACGCUGGCCCAGUGCGGAUUGGUGGGUGCUAACGACUGCAUAUGCAGCCGGGACCAAUGGCUUACGUGCCUUCUGAAGCACGGAGGGGCUCGACCCCUCAGGCAAUAGUAAAAAGGGAUAGUAAAUUUUUGGUCACCCAUCCAAUGACCGACCACUGCGAAAGUUGCUUAACUUCAACGAUCGCAGCCGAACGCGCUAACUACUUGCGCCAUCGAGCUCCUCGAAGUAUUGAAUUACCUUUCUUUAAUUUCUAAAAUUCAUACCAAAUAAAAAACUAUUGUAUAUGAUUGGCAACUUUGUUUUUAUAGGUGAUAAGCUAUUAUUUUCCAGAAUAAUUACCCGUAAAUGUUGCUAAAUGCUGCUCCUCCCAAACUGAUAUGGGAUACGUUUAAUCCCGUCGUACCGAGCUCGUUAUAUCUCAUAAUGAUGAUUUAUUCCAAAAAUAAUGGACAAACAAACGCGAAAGAACUAACAAAGAGAGUUGACGCAAGACUAACACAAUAGCAAAACUACAACACGAGUCACGAGCACGACUUUGACUGGAGUUAGCAGAUAGAACAUUCGACGCUGCAGUAAAGGCUAGUAAAAAGGACUUAUCCACGAAUUAUCGUGAGUGAUAACCUGUCCGUAUCAGUCAAUCAGAACUUUUCUGUAAGUGUCUACAUAACUAUAGUCUAUUCACAUUGACGUGAGACAAAAUGUAAACAAACCAUAAAAAGGAUACUUUUG